UCUGUCAUUAACAACACACCAAUGUCUGAAAAGAAACGGGACAAGAGAUAGGUACAUAUAUAUACCACUAGCCGAACUCGCAGAUCGGCAUGGCCUCACCACUACCACUCCACUCCACACAACUCGCAGUUCUAUAGAGACAGAAAAAGAGAGAGAAAUGGCAUCAUCACCAACAAUGGAGUCACUGAUUCUGCAACUCCACGACAUCUCCGCCGUGAAGUUCGGCAACUUCAAGCUGAAAUCCGGCAUCUCCUCCCCAAUCUACAUCGAUCUCCGCCUCAUCGUCUCCUACCCGACUCUCCUCCUCCAAAUCUCCCAAACCCUAAUCUCCUCCCUACCUUCCACCACCUCCUUCGACCUCCUCUGCGGCGUCCCCUACACCGCCCUUCCCAUCGCCACCUGCAUCUCCACCUCCUCCAAAAUCCCCAUGCUCAUGCGCCGCAAAGAAAUCAAAGACUACGGCACUUCCAAAGCCAUCGAAGGCUCCUUCUCCCCCGGCCAGAUCUGCCUCGUCGUCGAAGAUCUCGUUACCAGCGGCGCCUCCGUCCUCGAAACCGCCGCUCCUCUCCGCGCCGCCGGGAUCAAGGUCACCGACGUUGUCGUCAUGAUCGAUCGCGAACAAGGCGGGAGAGAAAACCUAGCCGACAAUGGUAUCGCGCUUCACGCGAUGGUGAAAUUGACCGAGAUGGUGAGGAUUUUGAAGGACAAAGGUAGGGUUUCGGAGGAGACUGAGGGUAUGGUGUUUAAGUUUCUCGAGGAGAAUCGGAAGGUAGCUGUGCCGGCGCCUGCGGCAGCUCCUCCUCCUAGGUUUAGGGUUUCGUUUGGGGAGAGAGCGAAGAUUACGAAGAAUCCAACUGGAAAGAGGUUGUUUGAAGUGAUGGUGAAAAAGGAGAGUAAUUUGUGUUUGGCUGCUGAUGUUAACACUGCUUCAGAAUUGCUCGAUCUUGCGGACAAAGUUGGACAAGAGAUUUGCAUGUUGAAAACUCAUGUCGAUAUAUUGCCUGAUUUCACCCCAGAUUUUGGGUCUAAACUUCGAUCAAUUGCAGAAAGACACAAUUUUCUGAUAUUCGAAGAUCGAAAAUUUGCCGAUAUUGGUAACACUGUUACAAUGCAAUAUGAAAGUGGCAUUUUUCGGAUACUGGAUUGGGCAGAUAUAGUUAAUGCUCACAUAAUCUCAGGCCCUGGAAUUGUUGAUGGUCUAAAACUGAAGGGUUUGCCUCGGGGUAGGGGUCUUUUGCUGCUGGCUGAAAUGAGUUCGGCGGGUAACCUCGCCACGGGAGAUUACACAGCUGCAGCUGUGAAAAUUGCCGAGGAACAUUCGGAUUUUGUGAUUGGAUUCAUCUCUGUUAAUCCGGCAUCGUGGCCAGGUGGACCGGGAAAUCCAGCAUUUAUUCAUGCUACACCCGGGGUUCAAAUGGUGAAAGGCGGUGAUGCUCUGGGCCAGCAAUAUGACACCCCUUACUCUGUGAUUUCCGAUAGAGGUAGCGAUAUUAUAAUCGUUGGUCGUGGAAUUAUAAAGGCUGUGAAUCCUGCUGAGGCUGCUCGGGAGUACCGGCUUCAGGGAUGGGAUGCGUAUUUGGUUAAUUGCAAAUGAGAGUCACAUCCCAAAUGGUCUAUGCUAUUGCUGCACGGCUUGCCCAGGAAAUAAGUAAGAUACUUGUUUGGUUAAGUUUUGUUAUUUUGUUAUGAGAGGAAUUUGAAGCUUUUAGUUGCAAAUCCUAUAUAAUGCACAAGCUUUGUCAGAACUCUGAUAACUAUUUUCGGCAAAGUAACUAUUCAUUCUGUGGCAAACAUUUAAAAAAAAAUAAAAAAAUUCCCAUAUCUAAUUAUUUCAAUUUCCUACUCCAA